AUGCUAUCUUCCGAGGACUUGAGCUAUCCAGAGAUUAUUUUUCAAAAGAUUAAGGCUAUCGACCUUAUUGUUGCGCUUGCUUCUCGACAUAAUCUUCAAACUCGCAAACCUCGACUAUUUAUAAGGAUACACGAAGUCGCCCCCGCAACUAUCUGCUCUACCUCAUCAGCUUCCUAUAAUAUGCACGAAAACCCGGUGCAUUAUUUGCAUCGGCAACGAACCCAGACCACUGGGGUGUUGGGCGAAGUGCAAAAUACGAUCGCAGAUGUGAAGGGCAAGGAAAACGCAGCCAGAACAAGAAGUCUUGCUGGGCUUGCUUGCAGGGCUGGAUCAGGUUAUUAA